AUGUCCGUAGGAGCUCCAAACCCCCAAGCUGCACAAGGGUCCCCACCUGCAAACUUUGCAUCUGCAGUAACUGCAUCAACACCUGCGAACAGAAUUCCCGGUCCUGGAAAUAGCAUACCUCAAGGAAUAGCACCGGCCCCAACAGGAAGCAUCACAGCAGGAGGAACUCCAUCACCAAACGAAAUACCAAUGAACCCAUUUGAAAAGGGAGGAUCACAGAAAGUUCCGGAGCCUGAUCAACCAUACUGGGUGUCCCAUCAAUGCCAGUUCCUGGGCCAUCAAUGCACUAAGUUCACUUCUUGUUUGCCAAAAUAUCGGCUGCGCCUCCACGGUUGUCCUUACGGUGAUGUUUGCUGCAACAUUGGUAAAACUAGAUCAUGCAGAAAAAUUGGAGGAGAAUGCCGAAAGAAAUGCCGUGAUUAUGAAGUUCCCAACCGCUACAUCAAAUGCAGCAGGCUACUGAAGAAGUGCUGUGUCACCUACGAAUAGCAGGGACCUUCAACAACGCUGGACACCGGACCAUUCUGUUGUGUUAGUUGCUGUGAUAAGAAGCUUUUUUUU